AGGAUAAUUGCUAAAGGAGAUACACUUGAGUUUUGGCCAUUACAAUUAAAUGAUUCCGGAGAAUAUAGCUGUGCUAUCCAGACUGUGAAUGGUAUGCUGAGGGGGUCGAUAUGAUUUCAUUUGAUUCCAUACAGCAGUCAGACGCAGGAGAAUAUGCAUUUGUCAUUACACGAACACACAAUGGACUAAGUUAUAGCAGCUCAAGGAGAACAAAGUUAGUGGUAAAAGAUGAAGGAGAAAUAGUAAGACCAACAAUUACUGGUGAGAAAAAUGUCACUGCAGUUAUAGAACUAGGAGAAGAUUUCACUGUUAAAUGUGAAGCUUUCUAUGGCCAUAGCAACAAUACCGAUGCUAUUUUGUACUGGCUUCAAGCUAAUAAGAAUUACAGACUAAAUAGUGACGAAGAAGAGUUUGUAUUUGUAGAUACAUGUGGAAGUGUCAUAAACACAACAUGCAGCACAGAAACAUCAGAAAUGUAUAAGAAUAAUAAAGUGUUUGGCACAACAGAAUUACACCUAAGAAGCAUAGACAAAGACGAUAUUAAAUAUCCAUUUAAAUGCCAACUGGUUAGCAACUCUGUUUUGGACAUCAAGUCUGUUACUCUGACAGUUAAAGACAGAAGCAAAGAUAUUUCUCAUCACUUCUUUAGAACAUUCCUGGCGGCGUCCAUCACCUGUUCAGUCUGCAUUGUUAGUCUUGUCAUUUUGUGCAUUAUAUUUAGAAUUGAAAUGGUUUUGCUAUAUAGGAGUGUGACAAGAAAGGAUGAUACCAUUGGAGAUGGAAAAGAGUAUGAUGCUUAUUUAUCAUUUGCAAACCAUUCCCUUGCUGACCACAAAGAAAAAGAAUUUGCAUUCAAGACUCUACCCAACAUAAUAGAAAACUACUUUGGAUACAAGUUGUGCAUUUUUGAGAGAGAUAUUAUUCCAGGUGGAGCAACGGUCGAUGAUAUCAACAGCUAUCUUGAAAAAUGCAGAAGGCUAAUAAUACUCCUUAGCAAGAACUGCAUGUCUGACAAAUCAAUAUAUGAGCUUGAAAGUGGAAUGCACAAAGCCAUGGUAGAACGGAAGAUUAAAGUUAUAGUGAUUGAAUUUACACCUUUAAAUGAACUGAAUGUUAUGCCAGAGUCUUUGCAACUUCUUAAAACCAGUAGCCGAGUAAGAUGGGAAGAGUGUAAGACACAUUCUUUAACAUCCAGGUUUUGGAAAAAAAUUCGUUACUUGAUGCCAGCCAAGCCAGUGGCACCAAACAUUUCAUUUUCAAAUGCCAAAAAGUCUUCACUAUCCUACAUUGUAAAUAAUAAUAAUAUAGCAUACUGAUCACAUGAGAGAACGUGGAAGCACACCACAGAAGAGAAGGAACUGGAGAAUUCAGAAUUGCAGAAUAAACACAAUAUUUAUUAAAGCAGAUACAGGACUAUAUUGUUUGAAUAUUGUUUAAUAUUUUUGUAUGCUAUCCAUAAUCAAGCCAAUGUGGAUAAUUGUAUGGAGG